AUGGCAUCGCUAAGUUCUUGUCAGGCCGGAAGGCUCCUCGCAAUCGCCGCUAUCGUUGUGGUCGCUACGAGACCCAUCGAAGGGUUCGUGCGAGAGGAACGCGGGUAUCUAACAGCAUCAGCAGGCGCACCAACAUCUACAGCACAAGAUGAGCCAACCCCUUGGAGCCGCCGCCCUCUCGUCUGCUACCGGUCUUCGUGUGCCCAUCCUUCCACCCUUCUUCCUUUCCCGUCGGACUUCCCGGGCACGCUGCGAAUACGGGGCGGGGGAGCCAAAGUGGCCCCCAAGAGGACGUCGGGAACGGGAGGAGGUUCGGAUGCAGCGUCGAAACCCCUCCUGGGUCCGAUCACGAGACGUAAGGCUGCGGACUCUGCCGUGGAGAAGGGCGAGGAUGGAAAGGAGGACGGUCAGCAGGAAUUCGCGCCGCAGUUCCUGGACUUUGAGUCCAGGGUCGGUUUCAUGAAGAAGGUGUACCUGACGCUUAGCAUCCAGCUGGUGUACACGGGUCUGGUGUGCGCCGCGAUGAGGGGCUACCGAGAUGCAAUCCUCGGGGUUCUGUUCGGACAUGGGAACGUCCCGCAGAUCCUGUUCUUCGUUAGCACGUUAGUGACCAUCAUUUCCACGCACACGAUCAUGUGGAAAAACCCCGAGCUGCGCCAAAGCUUCCCGAGGAACCUCCCGUUCCUCACGGCGUACACGACGGCAUGGGCACUCUACGUCGGCGUGUUUUCCCUUAUGUUCACAAAGGGCUCGGUGAUCCGGGCGGUCUUCCAGUCGGCUUUCGUGGUCGGGUCCCUGACCGCGUACGCGUUCCGUACCAACCCCAAGCACGAGCUGACCCAGUUCGGCGCCGGGCUGUAUUCCGCCGGGAAUGCGCUGAGCUUGUUUUGCCUGAUGAAGAUCUUUUUCUUCAGGGGGCACCGUGCUUCCGAUCUGGCCUUGUCGUGCCUUGCGACCCUCUUCUUCAGCCUCUAUCUCGUGUUCGACACCUACAGGAUCAUCGGUGGGAAGCAUCGCCAGUCGUCCAUGUUCAGCGUCAAGGAUUGGGCCAUGGCAGCUAUGGAGUUGUAUCAAGACAUUAUGCAGAUUUUUUUGCACCUUCUUUCCAUCUUUGGAGAAGUUCAGUCAUGAUGCAUGACACUGUUUGGUCGCCUCCGCAUACCGACUGCCUGCAAAUUGAAGUGACACGUCGACGUGCACGUGGCACGCUAUUUUAGCCGCUUUAACGAAGCGCGGAGGUUGUCGUGAGUUUUCGCUGGUGGCGGUGGAGAGAGCGGGAGUUGUGCAAGCAAGGCUUCUUCCUACGUUGUCACAUGUGCCCGUUUGGGUGCUCUCCGUGCGGUCGCAGUCUUUGAGUGUUCGUCACUCAGAGGACUAUGUACAUCUUUCGGUCGCCAUAUUUUAGUCUUCGUCACUGAGAGGACUAUAUAUGCAAGUCUUUCGAAUUUCUGCACGACUCCUCGACGAGAGUCGCUGCCCACGUUGAUUGUGCUGAUUUUCCCGACAUAUCUAUCCGAAGAAGCGCCAAAGAAUGUCUUCGGGUGGGGUGGUUUGGUUGCAACAGUAGUAGCACAAAACGUGCGGGGAGGGGACUACUGUAUGCGUAGUGUGCCACUGCUGUUUAGGGGUUGAUUGUCGUUUGUGCCAUUCAUGUUUCCCUUUCUCGCCCUUCGAGGCGACAGACUACUGCAGCUGUUCAUACGUUCGGGGAUUAGCGGUUGUUGUGUGUGUUUUUCGAUGUUUGUGGGUCCAAUUUGGUACAUUCACGCACAAACUAGAAUGCUGCGUUUGCAAGGUCCAUUCAACCGCUUUGACCAAGGCGCAGUGUGAUUCCGUACUCCUGCCAUCGAGGAUUCGCGAGCUUUGUUUUGUUAUGGCAAUAAUUGACUAGAUUGCGCUUUU